AUGUUUCCCACUAAAGUGGCUACUAAAGCUUCACUCGAUUUUUCCAAUCUCGCUCUUCUAGUUUGGAACAAAAGGAACGUUAGGGUAUGUCAAUGUAUGAUGUUAAAAAAGAAAGUGGAAGUUAGAAGUUUAAUGAAAGUAUUACAACUUAGCGUAAUUGUCACUUUCAAAGUUUUAGAAUUAGGUGCGGGCAGAUCAGAUGCGACCAGAAGUAAAAUUUCAGAUAACGCAAUGCUUGCCCAAUGCUUUUGGUAUCUAACAAUAGGACAAACAAUAAAUUCAAAAGAAAAUUGGAAAAUUAUCGCAUGUGGUUUCAUGAUGCUGUCCUGGAUCGGUAAUUCGAUAAGCAUCGAAGCCCAAAAAAAAGCAGAAAAAGUCGAGUACAAUUUUUACUGUUUACAUUUGCGAUGGCAGGAAAAGCAGUGA